AGGUUUAAACAUUAAUUCUAGUCCUCUGGGAAGUCUGUCCCAGCACUGUCCUGUUCCAGACGCAGCUGCCAAUGUCAGGCGCUGGGGACAUUUUGAAAGCAGUUGGUGAAUUUGGGCUGUUUCAGAAAUGGCUGGUGCUGCUCACCUUGUUCCCCUGCCUCAGUGUGGCUUUCCACCAGUUUUGCCAACUUUUUAUGGUUCCACACAUGCCUUAUCACUGCGACACCAGCUGGAUCCUUGCCAUCGGCCCCAACCUGACCGAGGAAGAGCAGCUGAACCUCACCUUGCCCCGGGAUGCUAAUGGGGCGUAUGAGCAGUGCUCCAUGUACUCGCCCGUGGACUGGGACCUGGGCUCCAUCGUGGCGUAUGGCCUGAACGCCACGGAGAAAUGCAGCAGUGGCUGGGUGUACCCCUCAGCACCGCCGCCGUCCCUGCUGACCGAGUUUGACCUGGUGUGUGAUAGGAAGGACCUGAAUGACAUCUCCCAGUCCAUCUACAUGGCAGGGCUGUUCAUAGGAGCCAUGAUCUUUGGGCCACUAAGUGACAGGAUCGGCCGACGGCCAGUCAUUCUGAUCUCCGUGUUCCUUCAGGGCUUGUUUGGUGUAGGAAUCGCCUUUGUGCCCCAUUUCUAUGUGUACAUGGCCUUCAGAUGUGUUGUGGGGGCUUCGGUGUCAGGGAUCACCAUGACGCUACUGGCCUUAGCUACAGAAUGGGUUGGUGUCUCCUCCCGGCCAAAGGCGGUGCUGAUUUCUCACUGCGCUUUCGCCAUCGGACAGAUGGUUUUGGCAGGCUUGAGUUAUGGUAUUCGCAACUGGAGGCUGCUGGAAAUUGCAGGAUCUGCUCCUAUAUUUGGCUUUUUCUUCUUCAUCCGGGUGCUACCAGAAUCAGCUCGGUGGCUGGUGACAAAAGGCAGAAUAGAAGAAGCUAAGAAGGUCCUUCAGAAGGCAGCAGCCACCAACAAGCGGUCCAUCCCACCAGCACUCCUUGAGCAGUUGAAGCCUGAGAAGCAGACCAAGUCUGGAGGUAUUCUGGAUCUCUGCCGGAAGAAGCAGCUCUGGAAGGUGACUUCAGUCAUGUCAUAUGCCUGGUUUGCAAACAGCCUUGCCUACUACGGUUUGAGUCUGAACGUGACAAAUUUUGGUCUGGACAUAUACCUGACGCAGCUUGCGUUUGGAGCAGUGGAAAUCCCAGCACGUGUUGGUUGUAUCUUCAUGCUGCAGUGGUUUGGCAGGAAGAAAACCCAGGCUGUUCUCCUGCUGCUGAGUGGCCUGGUGUGUCUGAUCAUCACUGGCAUCCCUGAAGAACAACCUGUGGUGACCACCGCCCUGGCCAUCAUUGGCAAGUUUACCACUUCAGCUUCCUUCUCCACCUCCUACGUCUACUCCGCAGAGCUCUUCCCCACAGUUGCCAGGCAGACUGGCUUGGGGCUGUGCUCAAUGUCAGCGCGGGUGGCGGCAAUCAUGGCCCCGCUGAUCCGACUCCUGGGCCAGUUCCACCGGGCCAUCCCCAUGGCCAUCUUCGGGAGUGCUGCCGUGGUGGGGGCACUGCUCUGCGUCCUGCUGCCCGAGACCUGUGGCACCGACCUGCCGGACGACACGGGGCAUGGCCACCCCGCAGCUGAGGUCUGUGGAAAUGCCAACAGCAGCUCUGGAAAAGGACACAUGACAGGAAAAGAUGGUGGCCAAGACAAUGAGUGCACAAAGACAACUCACUUCUAGCGGGGCGUGCAAGCAGCUGUAGCUAAAGGCGACCUAUAGCUGUGCCAGCACUGAGGAUGGGCAGGGUCUCCCCUGGCAGGACACCACCACCUCUCAAGCGGUCACUGCCAAUUUUUGGUUUUCUUUUUUGCCUUCCUGUAUCUCCCUCUAUAGCUUGUCCUCAGGCACUGCAUGCUGUCCGGGGUGUUCAGCAGUGCUCUCACCGGAGAAAACCUGAUGCUUUUCAUUUAAGGGAAAAAAGGAAGAUAUCAGAAACCAGGAUGGAGGCAACAUUUUCUCUUCCUUUUUCCUGUCUUGUCUUCAGGAACGUGAGGCUGUAAACUUUGUCCAAGUGAGACAACUGCUAGAGCAUUGAAUAGACUUGCAGCAGAGUGCUGUGCUCACUAAAGAGAAAGCCAGGGCAGAUGCUGCAGUGAAAAGACUCUCAUACUUGCAAAAAGGAGUGAUUUCUCUUGACUGUCUAGCAUGAUCUUCUCACCCUCUCUUAAAAACACUCCUUUUUUUUUUUUUUUUUUUUAACUUGAGACACUCAGUUGAGGAAAAAAAAAGAUGCCAUGGAAGAAACAGCAGGCAAUGAGCAAGGAUGUCUAAAUGUCUAACAGGCAGCAGAAUUUUUGCCUUGGUGCUGGUGGCUUUGAAUUAAAGCAUGUCAUGAUGCUUUGUGCAUGGAAAAUAGUGCUGUCAGGCUGUGGUGUAGAACCACAUUAAUGUAUGUUCCAGGAAGCUGAGAGACAUUGUGGCAGCUGGUCUCUUAGAUGAAAGUACAAAUCUUUCUGGAAACUAUCAGGUCUUCCCACUCUGUUCUAAAUUCUAGUCUAUUCCUUCUUGCUGUAUCCAUUCCUGUCUUUAAACAGUUUAGGACUACCCUUGCCUUAUGCUAUGAAGAAAACCCGUGCUUUUCCUGUGCUUCCCCUCCUCUUAUCUCCUGUCCCUCAAGGGGACUUUCUUUUACCACUGGCUUGGUACAGAUGAAGCCCAGAAGCUGUGCAGUGGUGACGAUCUAGCUUGGUCUGUAUACAGCUCAAACACUAUUUUCUGCUAGUGUCCAGAAGCUUUUAAAAUAGACUUUAUUUCUUCUCCCCAUUGUCAUGCCUGCAUGUUUUCCAUGGAUCCAAGUACCCCACGGGUACGCAGUUUGAUAAAACAGAGUUUUGGAUAAGAUCAGUGACAUGCCGCACCAGGAGGGGCUGCCUGUGGUGCCAGCUUCCCUCUGGCACUACUUUUCAAAGGAUUUGCUCCUCUUCAGUGACCCUGAGUGUAGAGGAGCCCUGUCCUUUGCCCGAGGGCAUUCUUUCCUUGGCAGAGGCUGGGGGCUUCUCCUUCGGGCUUUUAUGGAAAAUAAGGCAUUGAGGGCAAGGGCUGAGGGAAGAGCUUGGAGCAAAAUGCACAGUUAUUGAGCGAACCAUGGCUUCUUUUGGGAAUUCUGCUCUGAGACUCUGUUUCAGCUCACUUCAUAAAUAAAGGUGUCUUAGCACA